AUGUCUAAAAAUUUGGAGAUAAUCAAUUUGUCAUUUUUAUUGGAACAUGAAAAGGAAAUUAUAUUGGGGGUUCUGAAGAGAGAUGAGUAUUUGAAAAAAAUUGAAGAUAAGAGAAUCAGGAAAUUAAAGAACGAGUUACUGGAAGCAAAACGGAAAGGUGGACGGCGUUGCCAACAGGAGAGCAGUCGGAUCUGCGUUCGCUGUCAAAAAAAUCUGGGCUUAAUUUUUGAUAGAGGAGACCUGUGCCAAAAAUGCAGACUUAGAGUGUGCAACAAAUGUCGUGUUGUAGCGAUUGAUGGCAGCUGGAAAUGCACUGUAUGUGCUCAGAUUGCGCACCUUCGGAUAGUAACUGGUGAAUGGUUUUUUGAAGAGAGAGCAAAGCGUUUCAAACAGUCCAGCUUCCUUGGUACUGAUGUCAUCAGACGGUCCAUCGUACGCAAAGGCCCUGAUUCGUCCUCUGACCUGGGAGCAGGAGGAAAACCCAAAGAUCAGUCACAGGCUAGCAUAGAAGAUACAUCAAAUCAAGACAUGCCAGCUUCUUUUUCUAGUGGGAUAAAAUCAGUCAUCAGUGGGCCCAAGAAAAAAGGCAAGAUGGUCAUCAGGGGAGUAACCAAAGGAGAACUUGUAAGUCUGAAGGCAGAAGAUGGAAGAAGCAUCAGCUCAGAUGCAGAUCUCCAGAGUAUACAUAGUGCUGACAGGGAGAGUACCUAUUCACUGGCCAUGGAGGACAUACCUGGUUGUCUGAAAGGGCCUGUUGGUUCACUAAACCGAAGCAAUGCCUCUACUCCAGUCCACCCCAGAUCACCAGCUCUGAGCACACGCAGCAUGACUGAAGAUUACAGGAGGGAUCUUGGAUUAGAAAAUGGCAUCGCUAUGUCUGCAACUGAAAGUAUACCUGUAGAUUUAGCCAAAAGACAUCAUAGGAGAGGCUCUGGAACUCCCUCUAUAGCAGUGUCUAGGACUUCCCUAUCAUCUGAUCACAGCAGAUCAGAGAGAGAUCUCAGUGGAUCCUUUUCAGAAAGCAAUGAGGAUACUUUAAGUUUAAGAAGUAAAUCUGUGCCUGGAGCAUUGGACCAGGAGCUGGAUUACCUAAAUGAGGCAGAAGAAGAUAUUGAUGACAUUGUGGCCUCUGGCUACUCAAAGGGACGGACAAAUUUAGCCAGUGGACUGUCAAUGAAUUCUCCUUCAAGUUCUGACAGGAAAUGGAGCUACUUAAAUGUUCCAGAAGCAGAUGGUGAUACUACUAGUAUUAAUAGUAUGAUGAGUGUUUACAGUGAAACUGGGGACUAUGGAAAUGUGAGGAUCAGUGGUGAAAUAUGUCUCCAAAUCAGCUACAACUACAAAACAGGAGCCCUUAACAUCGUAGUUAAAAAAUGCAAAAACUUGGCCAUUGCAGAUGAAAAGAAACAAAGAACAGAUCCCUAUGUCAAAGCAUACCUCCUACCGGACAAGUCUCGCCAAAGUAAAAGGAAGUCAAAAAUCAAAAGCAAUAGCAUCAAUCCAGAGUUCAAUGAAAUCCUGAAGUACGUCAUCAGCCAUACACAGCUUGAGACUCGGACCCUGCAGCUUUCUGUCUGGCAUUAUGACAGAUUUGGCCAUAACAGCUUUCUUGGAGAAGUGGAGAUACCUUUGGAUUCGUGGAACUUUGAGAACCAGGCAGAUGAAUGGUUUGUGCUUCAGCCCAAGGUGGAAGUUGCAGCUGAUAUUGGUCAUCACUAUAAAGGAGAGUUGAUAGUUGUCUUACGGUACAUUCCCCCUGAAAGGAACUUAACUCUUCCCCUAGGAGAGAUUCAAGGAAAGAAGAGCUCUAAGAAAGGAAAGAAGGUAAACCCACACGUGCCAUCAGGAGGCAUUUUAGAAGUUGUCAUUAAGGAAGCCAAAAAUUUAACAGCUGUGAAGUCAGGAGGCACUUCAGACACAUUUGUGAAAGGGUACCUGCUCCCAGACAACAAUAAAGCAUCAAAACACAAAACUCCUGUGAUUAAAAAGAGUGUGAAUCCCCACUGGAACCACACCUUUACUUUCGGUGGUUUGAAUCCCAGAGAUAUACACAAUGUCUGUGUAGAGCUGACUGUCUGGGACAAAGAAUCCCUUGCCAGCAAUAUCUUCCUGGGAGGCGUUCGUCUGAGCACUGGAAGUGGUUUGAGCAAUAGUAAGGAAGUUGACUGGAUGGAUUCUCACGGGGAGGAACAGCUUCUUUGGCAAAGGAUGAUUGACAGCCCUGGAGAUUUUGUGGAAGGUACACUGAUGCUGAGAUCCAGCAUGGGAAAACGCAGGAUCUAAGAGUACUGUUUAUCCAAGAAUGACUCCAAAUACAUUACUGGUAUGAUUACAGUAUGAUAAAAUGGAGUCUGUCCUGCAGUGGAGCUCCUUCAGUUAGAGUUUGCACAUGUAAGAAUGGAGAAGACAAACACUCUUCUUCAGUUUGGACUUUAAAUUUCCAGGAAUGGAUUAUAAAUGCAUUCUGCACUUUCCUAGAUCUGCAUUCUUAUCACUGCUAUACCUUGUUUAUCUGAAACACCAGUGAUACUGGUGAAAAUUACCUUCAAGACUUAUCUCCACAGAGCACAAUUA